AUGGGUGGAGAAAAGCCUAAAACCAUUCUAACAGAUCAAGAUGCAGCAAUGGCUAAAGCUAUUUCUUUAAAUGCUCUUAGGCAUGUGAACCAUCUAUAUCAAAAGAGUUCGCGAUUCCGUUUGGAUUUUGAAGCAUGCAUAGAUCUACACGAGGAGGAAAGUGAAUUUUUGAAUGAAUGGAAUUCUUUACUUGUUGAUCAUAAUGUUUUGAAAGAUUCGUGGUUGCAUUCAAUUUUUAAAUUGAAGGAAAAAUGGGCAUGGGCUUAUGUUCAGAAAACAUUCACGGCAGAUAUGCGAUCUACUCAAUUAAGUGAGAGCUUUAAUGCUGAUUUGAAAAACCAUUUGAAGUCAGAUAUAAAUUUGGUACAAUUUUUUACUCACUUUAAAAGGGCUGUCAAUGCUAAACAUAACAAUGAGUUAGAAGCAGAAUAUGAUUCAAGACAUAAGCUUCCUAAACUGAAAAUGAAGAAGGCUCGUAUGCUCUUACAAGCCGUAAAUGUUUACACUCCAAAAAAUUUUGAGGAAUUUCAAGAGGAAUAUGAAGAAUAUCAAGAUACUUGCAUAAAGGAGGUGAAAGAAGGUUUGUAUGUUGUACCAAAUUAUGAUAAUGAAAAGGAGAGGAUGGUAAUGGGAAAUCCUAUGGAACAAAAAGUUUCUUGUGAUUGUCGUAAAUUUGAGACACAUGGCAUCUUAUGUAGUCAUGCUUUGAAAGUUUUAGAUGUCAUGAACAUUAAGUUAAUUCCCGAACACUACAUACUAAAACGAUGGACAAGAGAUGCAAGGCUGGGAAGUAAUCAAGGUUGGAGUGGGAGGCAUGUUGAAUUAGACCAAAACGCCCAUUUCAUGAAGCGGUACAAUGAGUUAUGUCCUCAGCUGCUUAAAUUGAUCAAUAGAGCUUCAGAAUCUCAUGAAACUUACACAUUUUUGUCCAAAGUUUAUGAAGAGUCCAACAAAACAGUUAAUGAUAUGUUGUCCAAAAAAUAUCUGGAUGGAGAAUCAAGUGGAAUGGUUCAUGUGUCCAUAUCAAUUGCGAAUGAUGAAGUCGACAACAACAUAGACACCGUUGGCAAGGCAAAAGGCAUAAAGACGAAGGAUUGUCCACCAAUCAAGCUACACAAUCAAGCCAAGCAAGCAAUGGAACUCAACAUCAAGAUACAAUCCAAGCAACACAAUCAAGCCAAGUUAACUCAUUUGACAGUUUUUGUUUUGGCGGAUCCUUGUGUGGAUUCUGGUGCUGUCGUUAUUAUUGUACAGCGGCUGCUCCUUGUUCUGGUGGAGGAAGCUCUUUCUAAGCUUCUAUUUUGUGUUUUGGAGCUCUUUUGGUUCUGUUUUGCGCCCCCUUGUGCGGCUGGUUUUUCUAGUGGGCGCUGUUCUGGUUGUAUUCACGGGUUGCUAUCUGGGUUUUGGUGUGUGGCUGCUGGUGUGUGUCACUGCAGUUCUGGUGUGGUGCGCACAAUUGGAGUGUUUAGGGGGCUGUUAGCGAGGCUUUGGUUAGGGUUUGGGAAGAUUUUUGGUGGAAAAGGUUGGUUUAGUUAUGGGGUUAAGGUUAAAGUAAGGUCUAUGAGUUUAGUUGUGGAGAUUGGUGAAGAUUUUGUGGUUUUUGGGUUAGGUUAA